UUUAAAUGGUCGACACUAGCCCCAUAGCACAUUUUGCAUCUUAGUCGAAUGCAUUUCGACGAGAUCGGCACAAAGCAGAUCUGAAAUAUUGAUUGUUUCCGUUUCUCAAACUUGCACUCAUUGGAAUCUGUGGUUGUCGAUUGUGUUGGGCACCGGAAGUGAAGAGCUGGAGUCAGUUGGGAGAAUUAACAGCGGUCAGGUGAGGUGAGCAGGCAGAAAACCACACACUCUUGCAGAUCUACAGUUAGAAUGGAGGUAUCAAGGAGAAGAUCCCUUCAAAAGCACCUGGAACCUGCUCGACCCCUACGCCGCAUCGUCCACAUUGACUCUGAGCCCAAAAUAGAUGCUGCUACAUGUGCACAAGCUCUGGAGGACCACUGGAUUCCUCAGACAAAUAUUGGCGUCGAGCAGUUCUUCAAGAUUUUCAGCCUCCAAAAACCGAAAAAAGUGGGCAGACUAUGCUACACAAGAGAAUUUUUAGUUGGAUUGGCGACUUGUCCUCAGGCCAUGAAGAAGCCAGAAUUCUUGCCGGAGCACCCUGUGGUCUUGACUCGGGCAGUAAGUUGGAUAGAGAGCCUGGGGACCUCAUCAUGUGAAGUGGAGAGGAGGACAAGAAAAAAGUGUUCCCCGCUGUCGCCACCACAUGCAAAGAAGUUGUCAAGAGUGUUGUGGAAAAGAAAUGCACACAGCAUGAUCGGUGCGAGCCUGGUCACGGUGCGAUCACUGUCGAAACACUAAAGUGGAUCGCAGUGACCUGGACGUCUGAUUCCCAUCUCCUCAUAGCUACAUGGUUUUUGUAAAUGAACAGCUGCAUCCCACUUGUAAAGAUCACAUAUAAUCUAAGAAAUUAAAAUAAUAGCCUACCCUUCUGAA